AUGUUCGGUGUUGAAUGGAUUGAGCUAUGUAGUCACUGGGACGUGCCGUUCAACACGGUGUGUCCCCAGAUUUCUACUAAAUGCUACCCUCAAGGUGCUCAGUUAGUCGAUUGUCUUCAAAAGAAAUUCGUUUACGUUUUCAGUGAACAGCUGGGACUUUGUUCAAAGAAGAAGGUUUCCUUAACAGUCAAGCCUGAUACCAAACCAGUAUUCCGACAGAAACGUCCGGUUCAAUACGCAUCAACCGCCAAGAUUGAAGAAGAGCUCGAGCGACUUCAAAAUCUGGGCAUCAUCACACCGAUUUCGUAUGCAGAAAUGGCCGCUCCAAUUGUACCUGUGCGCAAACCCAGCGGCAAAGUGGGGAUUUGUGCCGACUAUUCUACAGGCUUAAAUGAAGCACUUAUCCCGAACCAACAUCCACUUCCGCUUCCACAAGACAUAAAUAUUCGCGAAGUUGGCCGGCAAAAAGUUUUUCUCGCAAAUCGAUUUGUCGAACGCUUAUCUUCAAGUCAAGGUUUGCAAAUUUUCCAAAAAGCUGCUGACAAUAAAGACAUACAAAGGUCUGUUUCAGUUCAACCGACUUUCUCCGGGGGUAAAAACUGCACCUGA